AUGAGUUUAAGUAGAAUAUUUGGAUUGAUACCAUCGUAUGAUCAAUUGUACUUGCCGGAUCCGGAACAACAGUUUGUUUGGGGAUGGAACAACGAAGGUCAGCUGGGUGUAACAAUGUCGGCGGCAAGCAUGAACAGCGGUGGCGAUGUCGUCGACUUUAAGACAAUGUCAAAGAAUUUCGUCACCAAAGACGUUGCGAUAGGAUUGUCACACACUCUGCUGUUGUCUAGAAACGGUGAGGUCUAUGCAGUGGGUAAAGGCAAAUACGGCAGACUCGGUAAUGAUAGCGAGCGCUCGUUACGCUCACUCUUUAGAAUCCCUAUAUCAAUCAGAGUCUUAAAGAUAGCUGCAGGUUCAUUCCACUCUGCUUUCAUCACGGAGAAGCAUCAGCUAUUCACAUUUGGUCGUGGAGAUUCCGGACAACUCGGUCACAACGACUACAUCGAUCAAUUCUCACCGAAGCAAGUCAGCUGUAGCGAUCCAAUCGAUCUAGUUGCGUGUGGAUCGGAUCAUACUGUUUUUGUAACUUUCAGCUGUGGAACCUAUCAUACCAACGUACUGACGGCGGAAGGUCUAAUCUACUCUUGGGGAACGAACGACUACGGUCAAGUCUCGCCAGACACCAGAGGAAUCAUCAACGUUCCACAACGCCUUAGAACACCAAACUCCAAAGGUGGAUCACCCAUAAUGAAUGUAUAUGCAGGUGGUAGAUCAUCAAUGGCAAUAAGAUUUUAUCCAACAUUAAUAAGAGUUAGAGAAUCUACUUAUAAAAAUGAUAUCGAGAAUAUAUUUACGAAUAAUACAAAUACAGAUUGUGAGGUGAUAUUGAAGGAUAAGAGUGGAGAUGAAGAGAAAACAAAUAUUAUACUGUCACACAAGAUCUUUUUGACGAGAUCAUCGUUGUUUAGUGAUCAGCUAGAUAGCAAUACCAUUGAUGUAGGUGAUGAAUUUGAAUCGUUUGCACAAUUAAACUCAUUCAUUACCAAACUCUAUAAAGAUGAUGAAAAUGAGAUUGAUUUAGUAUCAAAUCAUCUUUUCUUAUAUAUAAAUAAUCCUUUAUAUUCAGAUGUAAAGAUUUGUGUAAAAGAGAAAGCAUUCUAUGCACAUAAAUGUAUAUUAGUAGCAAGAUCAAAUAAAUUAAAAGUACAAUUGGAAUCUUUCUUUCAAGAGGGUAUAAAUAAUACUAUAUUUAUUGAUAAUGUAAAUCCAGAUGUAUAUUACGCAUUCAUUCAUUAUUUAUAUACAGACAAGUUGAAUAUAGAUGCAGAGAAUGCAAUUGAAUUAUUGUUUUUGGCGCAUGAAGAGAACUUGGAGAGAAUGUUAGAAUUGGUACAAGAAUAUUUAAUCAAUGGUAUCGAUGAUGAUAAUGUUUCACCAUUAUACGAUAUAAGUACAAGAUUAGACUUAAAAUCAUUAGGUGAUCAAUGUUUAUAUUAUAUUGCAAAGAAUAUCGAUAAUGUAUCGAAAACAGAAACAUUCAGUGAAUUACCAGAGGAAUUAAAGAAGAAAUUGAUAUCAAGUUCAGUUCCUUUCUCAAUGAAGAAAGAUAAGGAAAAGAAUUGUAUACUCAUAAAUUUUUAA